AUGAAUAAUAAUAAUUGUUUGGAAGUUAAAGAAAUCAGAUAGAAAUGUAAAUCAUUUUUUGAAUCAUAUACUAAUCGUUUACCAAAAUAGAUUUAAAAAUAAAGAAAACCUUAAGAGUAUUAAUCACUCUGUUAAAAUGAAAUUAGAAAAUAUGAGAAGAUUUAUAUAAAACCAAAACGAUCUGUAUAAUAUAAUUCUAUUUAAACUGAAACAAAUUAGAAUGAUAAUUAUAUCAAUUACUAAAGAAGAUAAAGCACAGAACCAAAAACUGACUCUAAAAAAAGAAAUCAUAUUAUACAAACUGUAUUUUAAUUAGAAUUAAUUAGUUUUGAAGAAAAUAUUAAGUUAAAUGGACUUAUUAAAAUCAUGUAAUAUUGAUACUUUUAAUAAUUACAAAGUUAAUAUUGGAGAUAUUGAAAUUUAACAUCAAUAGAAUUUUGAAGAUCAUUAAUGUAAUUUUAUAAAUAAAGAAAAUAACUAGUAAAAUAAUGUAAGAUUACCUAUAUUAAAAAAAUGUUUAUUAUGUAAAAUAUCUUAUUUAUUUAUUAGAAUUUAAUAAAAUUGAAUUUAAAAUUAGUUAAUAUAAGUUAACUAAAUUUAAUGAUAGUUUUUAAACACCAUUCUUUGGAGCAAAAAAACAAAUUUCUUUAGAAAAGCGACCUUAUGAAUUUUAAGGAUUAGUUUAUAAGCGAAAGAAAUGA